AUGUCCAAUGCUAUGUUACUCCUGAUGCUGUGCAAGGUUAGCCUGAGAAGAAAGCUGCAGAUUUUUUCUACGAAAAUGGUAAACACUUCCAUCAGUGAUGAAGAAAGGGGAAUUCAAGAUAAGGAAAGCAAGGAAGAGUCCAUAUUGGCUAUGCUAGGGAUCAUCGGAACCAUCCUCAACUUGGUUGUCAUCAUUUUUGUGUACAUCUACACUACAUUGUGA